AUGGGAGCUGGAAUCAGCGGUUUCCAGAAGAAGAAGAAGAAGAAGAAGAAGAAAGCAGACUUAAUGAGGAGUCAGAAACGACUAAAUAUGGAGGAACGUCAAGCUAUUGCGGAAUUCCUUUUGAAGGAAAGCAAAAGAGGAUGUGUUAAUAAUGGAUCUUUAAAACAAGCUACUGUUCUGUUUAAUACUUCAAAAAGCACUGUACAACGAAUUUGGGUUCAAACAAAAUUUUGUGUUCGUAAUGCAUCAACUGUGUUUCGGCGUUACAAAGAAGGAGCUAUAAGGGCACACACCAAUGCCAUAAAACCUCAUUUGACAGAGAACAACAAAAAGGCAAUGAUUCAAUUCUGUUUAUCAAUGAUUGUAUCAAGUACACUUUGUUCGAAUCCUAUGUUUUUAGACAUGUAUCACUAUGUCCAUAUUGAUGAAAAAUGGUUCUUUCUAACCGAAAAAUGGUUCUUUGUAACCGAAACAAGUGAAAGGUAUUAUCUUCUCCCUGAAGAAGAAGAAGAAGAAGCAAACCCUUAUAGGUCUUGCCAAACACGCCCUAGGUAUGACGAGGAUGGAAUAGAGUUGUUUUCAGGGAAAAUAGGAAUCUUUCCUUUUGUUUUCCAAGGACCAGCUAAAAGGAAUAGCAAAAACCGAGUGGCGGGAACUUUGGAAACAAAGCCUAUUUUAUCUGUCACUAAAGAUGUCACUAGGAGUUGUAUAAUUGAAAAGGUUCUUCCAGCGAUUCGAUCAAAAUGGCUGCUUGCACAUGCAAAUGCUCCUAUUUUUAUCCAACAAGAUAACGUAAGACCUCAUCUUAGCGUCAACGACUUAGAAUUUAAUGAAGCUGCCAAACAAGAUGGUUUUGAUAUUAGGUUAUGCUUUCAACCUCCUAAUAGUCCGAAUAUGAAUGUUUUGGACCCCGGAUUCUUCAGAGCUAUUCAAUCCCUUCAGUAUCAAAGGGCUCCUUUAACUAUUGAUGAGCUAAUAGAAGCAGUUGAGAAAUCUUUUGAUGAGAUGGAAGUUCAUAGAUUGAAUCAUGUGUUUCUCACUCUACAGUCUUGCAUGGUCGAGGUGAUGAAAGAUAAAGGUGGGAACAACUACAAAAUCCCACAUAUGAACAAGGAAAGAAUAGAAUGA